CACCCUCGUUCGUACAUAUCCUUUUUCCCCUUUCUAUUUUCCUCUUCUCUAGCUUCCUUUUCUGCAAAUUUUUCUUCCAUCGAAACGACGUCGAAAAAUCAAAAGAAACAAAAAGAGAAAACCCUAGCCCUCUCUCGCCCCAAAUCUCCAAAAUCUCGCGCUAUUAUCUCUCGUUUUCUUGCGAAUGCGAUUCUUUCUUCGGCUCGCAUGAGCCUUGCUUGCGUUCUUGCCUUUCUUGAGAAUCACCACCACCAGCACCACUGAAAGGGAUUUCAAUGGCGGAAGGAGAAGAACGAGGAGGAGAAGGGAAGAAGAGAUUCCGCAUAGGUUACGCGCUCGCACCGAAGAAGCAGCAGAGCUUCAUCCGCGACUCGCUCGUUUCCCUCGCCCGCUCGCGCGGUAUCGACCUCGUAAGGGUCGACACAAAUCUACCAUUGUCGGAGCAGGGUCCAUUCGAUUGCCUCCUCCACAAGCUAUACGGCGACGACUGGAAGCGCCAGCUGAGGGAAUUUGCGGCGGCGAACCCUAAUGCGGCGGUUCUUGACUCGCCGGAGGCGAUCGAGCGGCUCCACAACCGGAUUUCGAUGCUGCAGGUGGUUUCGGAGCUGAGAAUCGAGUGCCGCUGCAGCGGUGAGACAUUUGGAAUCCCGAAGCAGAUCGUGAUCUACGACAAAGAAACACUGUUCGACCGGCAGGCGUGGGAGACGCUGAAGUUUCCGGUGAUCGCUAAGCCGCUCGUCGCCGACGGCAGCGCCAAGUCGCACAAGAUGGCGUUGGUGUUCAGCCACGAUGGCCUCAACAAGCUGAAGCCACCGAUCGUUCUGCAGGAGUUCGUUAACCACGGCGGCGUCAUCUUCAAGGUGUAUGUUGUCGGCGAGCGCGUGAGAUGCGUGAAGAGGAAGUCCCUCCCCGACGUCUCCGAAGAGAAGAAGGUCUCGGACGAGGUCCUCUCGUUCUCUCAGGUGUCGAAUUUGGCGGCGAACCAGACUAUUGAUGACAGUUACUACGAGAUGAUGCAUUUGGGUGAUACCGAGAUGCCGCCGUUGAGCUUUGUCACGGACAUUGCUCGGGGAUUGAGGAAGGUGAUGAAGCUGAACCUCUUUAAUUUUGAUGUCAUUAGGGAUUCCCGGUAUGGGAAUCGGUACCUUAUCAUUGACAUCAAUUACUUCCCAGGGUAUGCAAAAAUGCCUGGCUAUGAGGCUGUCUUGACAGAUUUUUUCUGUGAUGUGUUGUGCAAGAAAACCGAAGAGGAUGGCACAGCGGGUGCCAUUGCGGAGGAAAGUGCCGGUUCGGAGAGGUGUUGGCAGGGUUGUGAUGAUUCAAGGUCCAUUGUGAGCGGUAGUUUUUGUGGAGAUGGGGAUGAGGGUAACCUUCAAGUUUCAAGUCUUGGCAUGGAAGAGAAAGAGAGUUCUGUUCAAGUAUGAGGAUUUUUCUUUUUCUUUUUCUUUUUCUUUACUUUUUUUCCCAAACGAAUAAUGUGUUUCUCAUAUAAUGCACUCUGUCAUUGACUGGUGAUUUUGGGUAACCUGAAUUUGCAAACUGGACCCAUUAACCAGUUGGUGGUUAGACAUGAGCUGCACAUUCUGUUUAGGGGUAGCCAGUUGGUACAGUGGUGGAAUUGGUAGGGUUGUUUGUGCUAGUUUUUUAACCUCUUAACAUGUAUAUUCCUUACAGCAUUGCUCAGGAGAUAGAUAGUUCUCAAAUACCUGAAGCUUUAGGAAAGUUGUAUUUUGAGGCUUAAGUUCAUGCUAGAAACUGCUUUACGUUGUUUGUUUUUGCAUUUAAUUCGAUGCCUUAAUUCUUCCUUUGAUCAA